AUGUGUAUGUAUGUAGAAGGCAAAAAGUGUAAGAAACCUGAUUACCUCGUAUUGGUCCCCCAACAUUAUUAUGAAGCCACCGUUCUUCAGGAUCGAAUCACACGCCAGUGUUCCGUCAUCAACGAUAAGGGACCGUGUCUCCACUAUCAAUACCCAGAACUCAAAGGAUUCUCUACCAUUCUUGGAAUCAAAGCCUACGUCGAGAAGAACGGCAGGAGAGCUUCACCCCGGAUUUUCAAUAAUGACACCAUUGUCUCAGAACUGAAGAUUAAAGGACUGGUUGACCUCAACGAGAAACAGAGGAAAUUAAAAUUCGACGUUAAUGUUCCACACCCAGGGAUGUACGUCCUGGUUAUCAACUAUCAUAACCCAGGUCAAGUCAAAGAAAACACCAUCCAGAUUUUGGGACCGUCUAGACUGUCUGGUGGUUUGACCUUGUUAGAAUGUAGCUACAGGUACGUCUGUCAGUCUGUCUAUUUCCCUGCUCUUAACUGCCUCCUUGAUUAUCUAUAA